UGUAACGUCUUUGCGCCUCUGCAACCCCGGCUUCUCUUCACCGAGGGCGGCUGCAGCGGAGAGGGGCUUCAUCAGUGUCACGAAUCCGGUUUUUCCCAGCCCUUUGCCGGCAGAGAGGGUGGGGAGGACCGGGGACAGGGUCAGUGGAAGAUUUCCUACAGCUCGCCUGGACUCUGAGGACGCACAAGACACUGUUUCCAAAAACCUCUGGAUUUUAUAUGCUGAAAGUCAAGCCAAUGUGAGCUCAGCUGCAGACCAGCUCUGUUGUUUUGACUUGGCAACUGUUUUUCCGGCCGUACCUGCACCGCUCAGAUCUCCAUCCAGUCCCAUUUGUGUUCAGAGAGAGUCCUGUCUGCCUACCAUCAGUCAGUUUUCUCCUGAGUUGGUGUAUUCUGAUGGAUCAGUAUGUCUACCACUAAUAAUAUCGCCCAGGCCAGGAAACUGGUGGAACAGCUGAGGAUUGAGGCAGGGAUUGAACGCAUUAAGGUGUCCAAAGCAGCAGCAGACCUGAUGAGUUACUGUGAGCAGCACGCUCGUAGCGACCCUCUGCUGGUUGGGGUUCCCACCUCCGAAAACCCUUUCAAGGACAAGAAGCCCUGCAUCAUCCUAUAGCCACGCUACGCUCCUCCUGCCAUCACAUACAAAACACACACACACACACACACACACACAUACACACACAUUCAUACAUACUCAUGCACAUACAGACAAACAUCAAUGCACACAUUCAGUAUUUAAAUUGAUCCCCAGACACACACAUCACAUGCAAACACACACUUCAAACCCAUCUAGCAUACACACACACUCCCAAAAUAGCCACUCUGGAAAAGCGCCAUACCCUGGAGCCGCAGCUAGAGGACAGGUAUCUUGUUCUCUCAGUGGCUGAGAUCAGUAUAUCACUGAGGUGCUUUUGGUAAUAUUCAUAUAUGCUGGUAAAUUAACUACAAGUGUCAGCUUAACUUGAAAAAGAGAUUUGGACAUUAAUAAUCAAUAGGAAACCAGGAUAUUUGUUCCUUGUUUUGUCAUGAAAUGAGGGGUUUGGAAAAGGAUGGACAGCAGUGCCAUAGGCAAGGAGUGGGAGGUUGCAUGUAGGCAACAGAAAUGGGCGGUAGGCGCUCUUGCCGACCAUGCCAAACACAACCUGGUUUCCCAUUAAAAGCUCAAUAAAAGCUUUUUUUGUGAACGUUUUAAAAAGGUUUGAGAGAUUUUCCACAAACCCGCCAUGUGCUAAAUUAUAGCAGCUUAUUUCGGAGCGAGUGGCUAAAGCCUUUGCCUUUAUCAGGCUAGCAUGUUCGCACCCAAACCUGUAUCAACAGACCUUCUCUGCCUGUGGCCUCCUGCAGCUGUCUGCAGCCUUUUGGCCAAACUUCCAGCUGUGCCAACCUGUACAGAAAGUCGUCUAUAGAUGCUGAUCUGCUGUCACCGAUUCCACUGCAGUUUAUUAUGGCUGCUGUUGGUUGAAAUCGAUGUCUAAGCUGACCUCAGAUCUGCACCUAUGACGGGAACAUUGUUAAUUGCUCUACACAGAACUCAAGCUAUUAACCCUGGACGUUUACUGCAUUUUUCUUAAGAAAUACUUGUUCGUGAACUCAAUGUACAUUUUGAUAUUUUAUUGAAGCAUUACUUAACAGAUUAGAUAAUACUUUUUUAUUUUUAUUAUUGUUUUGCUUUGACAUAGGUGUUGCCCCUGGCUGAGCAGGUUUUUCUUCCUGUCUGACGUUAAAUGCUAGUAUUAAUGAAACGACAGGAAUCUGGUUGUAAGCCAGGGGCAAUACCUAACCAGAUACCUGCUAGAAUCUUAAACAAAGGUUUCUACUGUACAUCAAGCCUUCCUGUGCUUUACCCUGAGAGAGGGCCAGGUCACAGACUGACCAUACCUUAGAAUCAGUCUGCAAGGACUGCAAGGCUAGAGGAGUAAACCCAAUCUUAAAAAGUAAAAGUGAAGCUGUAGAAAAGUAGAAAUUAAGCUUUCCAUUUUCUACCUUCUCCUCUUAUGUUUGAUUCUUUUCGAUUGGCAGUUUGCAUAA